GUGCUAGGUACAGUCCUCUGCUGCCCCGGGUGCUUCAGUGUGUACCGAGCGAAGGCCGUCAGAGACGCGUUACCGACCUACGCCACCAAGGUCACCAAGGCUGAGGAGUUCCUCACCAAGGACAUGGGAGAGGAUCGAUGGUUCUGCACACUUCUGGUAGAGAAGGGCUGGCGGCUGGAGUACACGGCUGUUUCCGAGGACAGCACCUACUGUCCGGAGGAGUUUGACGAGUUCUUCAACCAGAGGAGACGGUGGAUCCCCUCAACUGUCGCCAACCAGUUGGAACUGCUGCGGAAAUGGGCGAACGGACAGAUGAUCAACGACUACAUCUCCAGACUCUUCAUACUGUAUCAGGGAUUCCUGCUGUUCUCUACUAUGAUUGGACCGUCUACAGUCAUCCUCAUCAUAGCUGCUGGGCUAGAGCUGGUGGUUGGUAACAUUGGAGGAAGUAUCAUCCCUACAGUUGUCAUUCUGUUCCUGGUGUUCGUGGCGUACGCGUUACUCUGUGUCUAUACAACACAAGAAACUCAACUUAAGUGGGCCAAGAUCCUGACGAUGCUGUUCACGGUGAUCAUGGUGAUCGUCCUGAUCGGACAGGCCCGGGAGAUGGUGGUGUCCUUCCAGAGACUGGACGCCAGGCUCAGCGCAGAGAAUUCCGGACCCAGCCCGAGCGAGGAGGAAAAAAGCUGCCUGGAGUGUCAGAGUUCAUAUUGUGACGAUUGCAAGAUCCUGGACUGCAUACCGCCACUGGAGUGGAAACCGGGGAACGUAACAACGUGGAUUUCCGAGUGCAUUUCCGACUUGGGGACAUUUGCCACCAACAUAUCUAAACAUUUUGGGAGAUACGAUGGAUUCCAGCUGUCUUUGGCAACAAAGGCCGAGAUGUGUGACGAGUUUGACGGUCCAAACGGCAACUUUCAGAUGGAGAGGGACUGUGUGAUCAUUUUCACACAAUUUCACGACAAGAUACAGAAUGCCGAGAAUGCCCCCACCCCCUCUGCCCCUCCAACCAUCCUCCAGCAGCUGCCCCUCCCCAUCAGUGUCAUCUAUUUUCUGGGCCUGGCCGGGCUCUAUGUCAUCACCGCCCUGCUGCACCCGUCAGAGUUCAUGACCCUGGUGUACGGCUUCGUGUAUCUCCUGAGUCUGCCGUCUGGGUACAUCCUGCUCAUCAUCUACAGCGUCUGCAACAUGACGGAUAGGUCCUGGGGUACCCGAGAGAUAAAAACCCCAGGUGCUGCCGCUGCUGGGAAAAGCUUCUUGGAGACUUUGUCGAACAUUCUGAAGAAAAUAUGUGUUUGCUGUCAAAAAGACACGGACAGUGAGAUUUCUGAUCCAGGCGACAUUGGAAUCGUCCCGGAAGAUGGAAACCUUAACCUCGCGUUUGAGGAGGAUGAGGAGUCCGAAAUAUUUGAUGAUCUGGAUGACGAUGGAGUGGAUGGGCCAGUGCCAUAUGAGCAAGACCUUGCAGAGGGUAAACAGACUACGGAGGGUGACAACAAUGCGUUAAGCUCAUCAGUAGCUAGAUUGGCCGAACGCUGGCGUUUCAAAGCAAAAGAACCAAGACACGUAGCGGGACCCAGUGAGCGGCGCAUCGGGCGGCAGAAGUCCCGAGGCCGAGGCGGGAGGAGGGCCAGUGUCUCCAGCUCCAACUGGGGCAGCUGGGGGAGCCGGAGGUCUCAUAGCCCCGCAAGGCCAUCCCUCUUCUCUGUUACCUUGGCUGCAUCUAAAGGAGGCAAGUCGUUCUCGCGCAUGAGAACCGGAAGUCUCGCGAGAUCUGGAAGCCAGACGUUUGUUAAAGACGUUUCUGAUUGGCUCCCGUAUUACUGGCCACCUAAGCUGAAGAAAAAGUACGAGAAGAAGUUCCGUGAGAAUGGUUUCGAAAACACAACCUUCAUUACUGGUAUGACGGACAAGGAUCUCCAGGCUAUCGGCAUCAAGAAUGACUUCCACAGGGAUAUUCUCAUGAAGGAAAUCAAGAAGCUCACGGAAUUUGAACUACCUGGGGACGUACCUGACAAUUGCAGAGAGUGGCUCUUCUCCAUUGGACUAGACCAAUACAUCAAGAAUUUUGAAAACUAUGGCAUCUACUCCAAGAACGACAUGGCCAGCCUACGCAGUAUGGACAUCACCGAGCUCCUGAAAGAUCUUAAGAUAACGAAGAUGGCUCACAUCAACCGAAUCAGCAAUGCUAUAGCGAGAAUGAGAAGCCCUGACGAAUCUGACAGAAGAAUCAGCCAGGUCAAGUCCGUCAUCAGUAAGGAAGUGAAGACCCGCGUGAUGCAGCAGGACGACGGCAGGACCCGCGAGUUUAAGUUCUGGGACACGCUCCGGAGGGAAUGUCUGGAUCCGGACAUCGCGCUAUUCAGCUCGGACGGCGACCUACGAGGAAAGCUUGUCGAGCUGCGGAACAUGUGGUUGGGAGUUCUCCUUAUUAUCAACGUGCUGUGGAUCACCAUCGUGGUGUCUCUCACCUACAUCCCUGAACUCCGGCUGUGGGACGCCAACCCUCUUAGUCUGCUGUCUCUGCUAGUGUUCGGUCUUCUUCAGUUGAUCCAGUUCCUGGCUAUGCUGUACCACAGAUUAAGAACAUUGCUGCACUACAUCGCAAGACUGCCAUACCCGCUCAAAGUGCGCGCCAUCAAAAGUAUAGGAAGCAGCAAGGCAGAAAUCAAAAUUGAAGACAAAGGAGCAAGCGACGACCCCAUGCCCAGUGCUGGAGAUCUCCUAACACGGCGCCCAACCAUACUCGGAGGAAACCGAAAAAAAGGCCCGACCACCUUCAAGACAAAUCCGUUGUUUGAUUACUCAGAUGAAUUAUAGAAAACAUACUGUCGUGAGACUAUUUAGUGUCCACUAUCUUUGUAGAUUAACUUAAAGACGCAUGCAAAAAUGUGGAAGUAAUUUUCGUCAUAACGUGAGAAGUGGAAGGCAAGUUUACUUUUACAAUUACAGCGAAAGGUGUCAAGAAUUUGAUGCUACCUCAGUAUGUUACUUCGGAGUAACAGUUUACAAUUUUAACGAUGAACCCGAUGUUAAUUAUUGUACAAAGUGUAUAUAGCGUACUAUCUGAGUUGUAUUCAGGCGCUCAUUAUUUGUUUAUACCAGCCUUUUUUAUUAUUAUUUACGUUGAGCAUUGUUAGAUUCUGUAGUAUAGAUUAGUUUAUAUUUACAACUUAAGUUGAUGACUAUGGUUUUUUAUACAAAAUUAUCAUGUCUGGCGAACAACAUAGAAUAUGAAAAUGUAAUGUUUCGGAGACGAAAACAAGAGACUGUUGUGAAGCUUUUCAAAUGUAAUUAGUUGUUUAUAUUUAUUUGAUAUCUUUGGUAAGUGUAAUUUAUGGGUUUAUGCCAAUGAUUCUUCAUGUGAUAUGGCAUCUGGAAAUACUUGUAAACGCCAUUGAUUAUAGUAAAUGUUGUAAUACCUUCCCAUUAAGGCUGAAAAAUGCGCACGUUUGUAUCUUUAUGUACUUUUUAUGCAAUUAAAACCUGUAUGCAUUAAAAUAUUA